UAAUUGUGAUACUUUUAUAAAGGAAAAGUGAGUGCAUACAAAUAACUCUACAUCCAAAUGUCUAAUGAAGAAUGGGGAUGCUAAUAGUACAAUACAAUACAAGUUGUACAAGUUUUCACAUGUGAAAGAGACUUCACAUAGCUACACUACCUCCUCCAUUCCAUCCUUUCAACCCUAGUAGGAAAAGCUAGAAGCUAUUUAUUUUGGUAAGAAAGCUAAGAAGAUGCAGAGGAAUCCUUUUCUCUUUCCCCAUCCCCUCUCUUCUCGGUUCCUGCUCCCACCAAACAUCAAGAAGGACAGCCUUUCCACCUGCAAAAUUUUAGCAUGAACUUGGGGAUUAAAAUUUUGACACAAAGGAUAAAGGUGGGACACAAGCUCAAAGAAGAAAUAAUUGGCAAGCAAGGACAACCAAAGGUGGAAGUAAGGACUCCCUUUCACCAAGGCUCAAGCAACCGCCAAAGGACUUCCUCCCCUCAAGAAUUUCACUAAUCUAGGCAUGGAAGCCUCCCAAGGAUCAGCCCUCACUAGCCAAGGCUUUGGCCUAUAAAUACCGCCCUCCCCUCCCCACUCCACACACAUAAUUACCAAAAUCUUGGAAGGCAAAGGAGUGCAGCGGAGUAGGGAGCGGCGGAGCGGAGCAGCGACAGUGAGAAGGGCAGGCCGAAAGAGUUCACCGAGCAAGAUGGAAGGACGGGACCCAGCCAGACCUACGCUUGAUGCUUACGAGAGCCUAGCGGAGUACUUGCUUCGUGCAUACCGAUCUUACCGCCCGUAUGACGGAGAGGGCAUACUGCCGAUUCUGUGUCGAUUCUACGUGCUGUGGGAAAGGACCCACGAGUAUGGUACCACCGAGCUUGAUGGCAUCCACCAGCUGAUCUCUGUACUUCCCGAUGAGUGGAGGGUCUGGGCCGCUUGGAUGUCCAGUAGCUACAUUUACAGGAGGGUCGAUACCCAGGAGAUGAUUGGGGACUUUCGCGGCUUUAUAUCAUUCAUCUUCUUACAGUAUGUCCAUUUCCAGGACGUUCCACCUGUUGCGGAGGGCGACUUUCCACCACCCCCACUCCAGUGGAGCAUGUCGACCCCUCCCGAGGGCAGCACCUUGGGCCGCCACGACCACGAGGCAGGACCGUCCCGGCAUCCAGGGACGCCAGAGCCAGAGAGAGCUAGGCACGAUCCAGAGGGGCGAGGCAAGGCCCCGAUGGUGGUUGCCGACGAGGAUGAGAGUCCGGGAGAGGUCCGGAUGACUCACCCCAUGGUAGCUCAGGAGAGGGCCCCGGAGAGGGUGAGACAGGCAGUCGAGGCACCCGAGCCACCACCAGCUCACCCCUGGGUGGAGGACCUCCUCGCCAGGUUCCGUCAGCAGUCGGAGGAGAGGAUGGCUUGGCUGCAGGCCAUCCGCGCUGAGAUGGACCUAGAAGAGGUCCUGUUCCCGAUGGUCGCAGCUCCACCUCCAGCGCUCGAGGAUAUGCCAGGGGCGGCACUUGAGAAUCCUAUCCUGGUUGUGGAUAGUGAUGAUGACUUUGAGGGGAGUUCAGGAUUGAGCUCUCUAGGAUCAGACGAGGAGCGGUAG